AUAAAAAAAACAUUUCUGAUUUCUUUUCUUUGUGCUUUUCGUUCUUUUUCACUUCACAACACAAACCCAACACAGAACCGCCAUCUUCAAGAUCUCUCCCUCUCUUUCAUUCUCUCAUUAUUUUCAAAAACCCCUCCUUCGAAACCGGGCUCUUACCCUAGAGUUUGCCCUUCAAUUUGAGUGUAAAUUCACGGGGUUUUGCGGGCGGGUUAGAGUCUUUCGUUGUUUAUUUACAAUCGAAAUGAACAACAGCGACAACUACCGUAAGCUUGCUAGUAGUUAAACAAGCAAAACGACAGCUUGAGAUUGUCGUUUAAUGGCUAAGCGCGUGUACGAGGGCUGGAAGGGCAGUAAUAAAUUCAUCCUUGGUGGGAGGUUGAUAUUUGGGCCAGAUGCUAGGUCAUUGCUUGUCACACUAUUGCUGAUCAUUGUUCCAGUUGUCGUCUUUUGUGUAUUUGUUGCUAGGCACCUUCUCCAUGAGUUUUCACCACACAAUGCAGGAUAUGCGAUUCUGGUGGUAGCAAUUGUUUUUACUAUCUAUGUGUUGAUUCUUCUUUUUCUCACGUCAGCCCGAGAUCCAGGUAUCAUUCCACGUAAUUCACAUCCACCAGAAGAAGAAAUCCGUUAUGAUUCCUAUUCAGUUGAGAUCGGGGGAAGACAAACUCCUGGCCUUCAGUUCCCUCGGACUAAAGAAGUUAUGGUUAAUGGUAUUCCUGUGCGAGUGAAGUACUGUGACACUUGCAUGCUUUAUCGUCCUCCCCGCUGCUCACAUUGCUCCAUUUGCAAUAAUUGUGUGGAGCGUUUUGAUCACCACUGCCCAUGGGUGGGCCAAUGCAUUGGACUGCGCAACUACCGUUUCUUCUUCAUGUUUGUUUCUUCAUCAACCCUUCUCUGUAUCUAUGUGUUCUCCAUGUCAGCUUUGUACAUUAAGAUUCUGAUGGAUGAUGACCAUAGCACAGUCUGGAGGGCAAUGAAAGAGUCUCCUGCAUCUGUCAUACUAAUGGCCUAUUGUUUCAUUUCCCUGUGGUUUGUUGGUGGACUCACAGGCUUCCAUUUGUAUCUCAUUGGCACAAAUCAGACUACAUAUGAAAAUUUUCGCUAUAGGGCUGACAACAGGAUCAAUGUUUACCAUCGGGGUUGUGUGAAUAAUUUUCUUGAAGUAUUUUGCACAGAGGUAAAACCCUCAAGAAACAACUUCCGGGCGUUUAUUCAAGAAGAGGUACCAAGGUAUUCUGUACCUCGAACUCCAGAAGCAGAAGACGCAGGGGGUGGAGAUCCACGUUCAAAGGUUGAAGAUGAUUUAGAUAUUGAUGAAGAUCUAUUGAAGAUUUCCCAGCGUCGUAAUAUUGAAGAAAUAGACGAGGACAUUCGGAGUAGAGGUAGCAAUGGUCCUCCCCAUAAUGCCUCAGAGGUUGAAAAUGUUAUGAGUUCAGAUAUCCGAGCUCCCACCAUUCGAGCAGACACUCGGCACUCAAGUUGGGGAAGGAGAAGUGGAAGCUGGGAAAUUUCACCGGACGUCCUUGCCAACUCCACCGUCACUGAAAGCAGAGGCUACGCUGCUCCAAAAGAAGCACGCCAAUGAUGGGUAGUUAACUUGGUCUUAGUGUGAUUACUUGGAUGAUGUUUGAUUUCUCGGAUCUGUUUUCCUUCGUUUUUCAAAGUAAGUCGCCAGUGAUUAGAAAUCAGCAGUUAGCCCUUGGGGAGUGAAAUUGAUUCCCCUUCUAGGCGUAAAAAGCUUGUAUUACCUUCUUUUGUGGAAA